AUGCGAUCUUCCUUAUCGGCCAAGCUGUUGUUGCUCUUGGGCUCCUCACAGCUUGCCGCGGGCUCCCCAAGUGACCAAUUUGUCAUCGCACCUUCAGUGAACAACGAUGCGACAGCUCCCGUGCGAUCACACAAAGUUGACGAGUCAAUCCUCGCGGCCUUGAAGGCGCACCCUGACCCUGUCGAUGCUUUGCUCUCCCUGCAGCCGGAGAAGGCAGACAAGUUGGCCGAGCGCCGUCUCCUCCAUGUGUUCGGCGAGGAAAAGCCCCAAUGGAUGACCGAAGGAGACAAGCUCCGUCUCCGGAAGAAGGGCAAGAAGUUCCGCGACAUCACCAACCACCAGGACCUAUAUGCCGACGAAUCUGUUGGCGCAUGGUCUGGCAAGGCUAAUCUUCCCAAAAUCAGCCAUCAAUCCCUCGUGAAGCCCCUCUUCCCCAGAGUCAACAAAACCGAGAUGCACGAUGUUCUCGCCCACAUGACGAGCUAUUAUAACCGCUAUUUUGACGGUCCGACUGGCGAGGAGAGCUCGCAGUGGCUGCAUGAUCAUAUUGCUGAGAUUAUAGCCAAAUCUCCCUACCACACACAUAUUUCUCUUGAGUACUUCACUCACGAGUUUGUCCAAUCGUCCAUCAUCGCCCGCUUCGAGCCCAAAGUUCGCGACUUCUCGAAACCCCUGACCAUCAUUGGCGCACACCAGGAUUCCGCCAACUACCUCUUCCCCUUGCUGCCCGCACCGGGUGCCGACGACGAUUGUUCCGGCACCGUUAGCAUUCUCGAGGCGUUCCGCGUACUCGCGACGAGCGGUUAUAUUCCUAAGGAGGGUCCGGUUGAAUUUCACUGGUACGCCGCCGAGGAGGGUGGCCUGCUGGGAAGCCAGGAUGUCGCAGCGUACAAGAAAAAGGAGGGUGCGAAUAUCGGGGCGAUGAUGGAAUUUGACAUGACUGCCUUCAUUGCGAGAAACGCUACUGAGUCUAUUGGCUUUAUCAAGACCGAUGCGGAUGCCCCCUUGACUAAGUGGGCGGCCGACCUGAGCACUCAGUACAUCAACAUCACAACCAGCGUCUACGAGCUGAUGCCUGGCGCUGGAUCUGACUACAUGUCUUACACCAAGCUCGGGUUUCCUGCUGCUUUUGCAUCUGAGGGUAACCCCGUCGCGGGCGGCUUCCCUGGCGAGUUCGACCCAUAUGUUCACACCGACAGGGAUACCAUGGAUGUUGACGACGAAUAUGGAGUCUUCUCCCUCGAUCAUAUGGCAAGGUUCUCUGAGCUGGCAAUUGCUUUUGCUGUUGAGCAGGCUGGCUGGGAUAACAAGUGGAGGUAA